CUCUUCUGUAUUUAUUUACUUUUGGAGCACGCGCAGCAACAAAUUAAAAAGUAAUUCACAAGCGCUGCAUAAUUAGCUGCUAAGUGACACUAAUGUUGCUGGUAACGGAACGGUCUUUAGUUUUCAGCAGCACCUCCUCAGAACGAGGCCCCCCUUCCCCCGCACCUUCUCUCAUGCUACUUGCUGCACUUUCGGGCGCGUUGUGUGGGCAUGUUAAGUUUUCGAACUGAUGCCACUAUACAUUUCGUUUGCCCUUUGUUAGGGUAUCCACGAUUUUUCAUCGGUAUGGAGACGCUAUAUUUUGAAUGAGCCAUCUGACCUAGCGCAAUUUUCUUCCUUCCAUCCCUUCAUUAUACUACCCUCUCUAGAGCAUUCAGGCGUCGCCUAGUCAAACAUUGUUUUUCCCAACAUAUUUUUCAAGUUUUUCUCUUUUUAUGUUGUUGUUGAAUUUUCCUGUUGCUGCAGCUAAUUGAUUUGCGUUUGUUGUGCUGUGCUUUGUGGCCUAGCACAUGGCUAUUCGUUUGGGUCUGGCUCCCUUUUGGCUGCCGAGUUGUUGCAGUUGUUGUGUGUGGCAUCGCCCUGGAACCAAUUGAUGGUUGUGCCGAAAGGUCAUUACUGUGAUGAAAUUUAUUUGUGAGUUUGUGGAGUAAGUUGUUGUCUGUGUUAUUUGUGUCAAAUAACACAUAAAACACACACACACACAACACACAGAACCUAACUGAAAGCUAGUUGGUUACCAGGCUCGCUUAGUUACUCGAAGAAGUUGCGCAAAAUAAAGCACAACAAAUACUUAAAGCAUAUCCCAUGUUUCAAAAUGCUUCCAAUCUGGGUCAGCAGCGGAGUCCCGAAGGAUCUUCUGAAGUGCAAGAUGUGAGCUUCAAUUCGAGCAGUGAGUAUGCCGAAUGGGAUCGAGGGUCCUACGAGCGUGAAAAGGAAACACGCCCGCGGCUUGACCAAAAAUACAAACAAAAAGCCAAGUUUGCGGCUUACUGUUGCCUUUCGGAUGAUAGCGAUCCAAGCUUAUAUAAGAAAUGCCAGAAGCGAGCGGAACGUUAUGUCAAACAGUUUAUAGCAGAAAAAGACGCCGCGGCCAAUUAUGACUUGCCGGACGAUGUACCUAUAAGGAAUUUCAUACGCAAAGUUGAGCCAGAAACCUUUACCGAUAGCAAAAUCGAACUCGCAAAAUCUAAAGACCUAGCUGAGAAUAAAAUUGAAGGACAAAGAAAACAUUCCGCAAGGGAAGACUUAACGGCUAAUGAAGCUACCCUGCGGGAACAAUCUGACACGGAUAUAAGUCAAUUAUCGCAGUCGUCGACUGAAGAGUCGAAAACUUUUAGUCAAAUCUAUAGCGAAAUCUACGAGGAGUCACGAGCGCGACAGGAGAAAGCCGAGCAGAUAUACAGAGUAUAUACAAAUAAAGAAUCUAAGCGUAAGGAAGAAAAGAAAAGAGAACACUAUAUGAGAUCCAAAUCCGGACAACGUACAGCGCGUUGGGUAGAGUACUUGGGUCAGCCCCAUAUUCCCAAUGAGUACUCAACGGAGGGUUCAAACGAAAGCGACAAGGAUUCGGAAUACUUCCAAUCAUCAGUGAAUGAUAAUUAUUUUACCGAAGAGGAUUAUCAACAUUUAAUUCAAGAACAAUUGGAUGUCAUAGCUCGUUAUCAGCAAGAAUCACGCAGUGGCUAUAAAAUCUAUAUUGACGAGUACAUGAGUGAGCUGGCAGAGGCUUCUGAUAAAGAUCAGCCAGCUAUUGGCAGCCAACAAUCACACGGGGAUGUAAAGGACUCUUUGAGUGAGCAAGGAGAUAGACAAUCCAAAGACCAGAAAACACAUGAAACUGAACCAUCUGAAGUGCGCAGCAGCAAAGCUUGUACUCUUGAAUUUACACAAAAGAGUUCAAAGUCAAAUGAUAACGAGACCGGAAAAACAGAAGUGCUGCAAUUUGAACAUUGUGAUAUAUAUCAUAUUAAGCCAACCGGCAAUAGAAUUUGUUCUUCGAAAAAAUUAAAGAAAACUCCAUUUAAAUUUAUUGUUAAUGGUCGUCAUCAAGAUAACUCCGAUUUUGAGUUCGAUGAAAGCGAGAACUUAAAUAAUUCAAGGAAGUUACUAAGACCUACUGAGGAGCGGAAUUCCCAAGGAAGUGCAGUUAAAGGACAAGCUGAUCAUAGCAAGGAAUUGAAAGAGAAUGCUUCCAUUUGUUCUUUCAAGCGCGUUGAAGAGCGCAAUUCUCGGGAAAGUGAACAAAUUAAAGUAGAUGGUUCAAAGAGUUCCAUAAAACCUACUGAAGAGCGGAAAUCCCGGCGAAAUAUAGCUGAUCGAAAUGCUUCCCAUAGUAAGGAACUAAAAGCAAAUGUUUCUUUAGAUGCUUCCAUGCGGGUUGAUGAGCGCAGCUGUCGAGAAAGUUUUAAUAGUGAACAAAUUGAAGCAGAUAGUUCAAUGAAUUCCUUAAAACCUACUAAAGAGCGAAAAUCGCGGCGAAGUAUAGCCAAAGGAAAAGCUGAUCAUAGCAAGGACUCAAAAGAGAAUGAUUCUAUAGAUUCUUCAAGACGGGUUGAUGAGCGCAGUUCUCGGAAAAGUGUUUACAGUGAACAAAUUAAAGCAGAUAGUCCGAGCUCCUUAAAAUCUACUGAAGAGCGGAAAUUUCAGCUAAGUAUAGCUAAACAAAAAGCGGAUAAAUACAAGGAAUUAAAAGAGAUUCGGGACGUUGAAGAGCGCAAGUCGCAGAUAUAUAAAAAGAGAUGUGUUCCCUGUGAGCAAAGCGAUACCGACUGCUCGAAGCCGAUUGAUGAGCCCAAGUCGCGGCGAACUCCAUAUAAGCUCAAAAAAUCUGGGAAGAGCUUCAAUAAAAGUCACGAGGCGCUUCAAUCCCCAACGAAUUCAUGUUGUCCCAGCGAAAAAUGCACCAAGAAUGUUGAGAUAACCCCUCUUGAGGCUAUUGAUAGCUCUCUGCUGUAUGCGGAUGAAAAAGGUAGCAUCGAUGAUUACUAUUUAAGCAGCAAAGGUGCGACUUCAGACAGUUCCCUAAUUAGCACUACACGAUCUAUGCAGAGUGCGCCCAAGACAUAUCAGGAUCGUGCGAGCAGCCCCAUACAGAUCAUCUACAGCGAGCCAAGCGACAGCUUCGAAUUGGAGCUAGACAUGACGCCCACAAUUCAGGAAAUGGAAGAGGAUAUUGCUGACAAUGAGGCUGACGAUGUGGCGGCUGUGGGGGAGUGCUAUGUGGAAAUGCCAGUGAGUAGGAGAUCCACGAAAAGUAAGUUGUCCAAGGAAUGCUCCCAGACAAGCAUAGCCAGCGAGGAGAAAGGAGUUCAAUAUCCCAGCGGCGAUGAGCUGAGCGAUUUGUCAAAGAAAAAGAAGCGCGCCCUCAAAAUAUACGACCUGGAUGAGGCCCUGCUAGAAGUGCCCAAGGAUUUCAAGGGCAAAGCGAUUGUCUUCGACAACGAGGAUGAAUUGCUGGACAUAAGUCUAAGCGACGAUGACCUCCAGCUGCAGGCCAAGCUGCAGGCAGCUGUCUGGGCCAAUGCCACAAAGGAAGGCAGCUCCAACAAUAUCAGCUGCAAUUCGCUGCCAAGUGGAGAUAGUCGGAAAAGCAGCAGCAGCAGCAGCGUUUUCAGCAUCUGCAGCUAUCAGCCCAGCGAGCGUUUCUAUCGACGCACCCAGCCGGAAGAUGAUGACGAUCUGAAGCUACCCGAAGUGGAUACGGACACGCAGCCGAUCACCUAUGAGAUACAUGUGGCCCGACUCGCCGAGCGUGCGCUGCGAGCUUGUACUGACUACUACCAAAGAGGCGUCCAGCUGAAACCGGAGCUGGAACAAGAUAUUGCAGCAAAGGUGCAAAUGCUAUACAAUUCGGAAAUGCAGUUCAAUACGCCGAAGCGCCUUAUAAAACGGGAGGAGAUCCUUAAACAGUUCAAUCUGCGACUGCAACAACAGCUAAAUCUAAUCGCGCCCAGCUUUCAGUAAAAUAAUGUAAAAAACACACACACACAGAGAAAGGAUACAGCACAACAUCUUCCAUAUAUAUAUAUUC